CAUUUCAUAUUCGCAGUAGCAUUCAGGCAUGAGUUGUCUUUACAAUCGGACGUUUAUAUCAUUAUAAUUGUUUUAUUUUAUUAUUAUACUUAUAAUUACUCAUUACGUUAGCAGACGUAUUAAAAAAACUAAUUGUCAAAUCUACUGUGUCGCCAUUGCCAGGUAACCAGACGGUUGCGAGUAAUAUCGCAAAGUAAAAUCACAGGGUGCUGCUCUUAACUGAGGGCCAUCCAUCUGUCCCAAUUUCUUGCCCAACGGGUUACAAGUGAAUUUUUUUUUAACGCUAGAAAGCGGCCGUCCAGCAGGGCGUUACCAUUUUAUAUGACUUUUCAUCGACAACGAAAAACAUUCAGGAUAUCAUCCAGAGGGAAAGGAUCUAGUAGCAAAGGCGGCGGUGGCAGGACACUGUCCAGACAUCGUAAGAUAGACAGCAAAAUUAUAACAAAAAAUAAUUUAAUUAGUUCAGUUGUUGGUGAGUCAUUAUCUACACCAUCACUGUUAUCAUCACAAUUAUCAUUGCGACUAACGGGAUCAUCAGGAGCGUCGUCAUCAGUAGGAGUAAGGUGGUGUGCUGAUAAAAUUAUUGUAAACAAGAGAUACGGACCAGCAGCGUGUAUGAUCAUUGAAAACUAUCCCCCUCUGCCCACAAGAUCGCGGCAUAAUACCAAUCAAGAUACCACCCAACGUUUAUUGAACCAUCUAGUCCUGCCUAAGCACAGAUCCUCAAAAUUUUCCAGUAACAGGCAUCGAAAGCUUUACCAGCCAUUUAGGGAGACGUGACUGUCAU